AAUGAAUACGUUUAAAAUAAAGCUGCUAUUUUCUUUAGCAAUGAAGCCAGUGAUCAUCUUACAACCAAUGCAAUAGUAUAUCAAAUUUAAGAAUUAAUUUAUAACAUAAAUCAAGAUAGGCUGUCCAAACGAUAACUAUCAGGAACCAUAAUCAUAACUCAUCAAGCUUGUGAAGACUGAGGCCUUGUUUUUUCUUGAUUCAGAAUGUCGGAAUUAAACCCUAUUUUGGCAGUGGUUAUUCACAGUUUUUUAUUUUUGUCGGGUUUAACAGGAAAUAUGUUUAUUCUGAUUGUCCACUUUGUAAACUGGCGGAAGACCCGGGAGAUCAGCCCUUGUGAUGUGAUCAUCAACUGCAUUGUCAUAUCCAACAUAGCCCUCCAAGAAACAAUUCUAAUUAAUGAGGUCUGCUUCUUCAUGUUUGUGACAUUUUAUUUCCAGAAUAGGGCAGUCAAUGUCCUGGCAACGGUUAUGUCUUCAUUGGCAUUCUCCAGUCUCUGGUGUUCCACCUGUCUGUGCUUUUACUAUUGUGUGAAGAUUGUUAAUAUCGGUGGGACAUUUUUCUACAAACUCCAGGCAAGGCUUAAAGUGAUAGUACCUUGUCUGUUGGCACUAUCAAUUGUUAUGUCUUGGACAAUUGGGCUGCCCGCCUAUUGGGAUCUUUACUUAUAUAUGGCCUUAACAAAUGCCACCUUUUCUGGGAACAUCACACAUCCCAUGUCUUACAAUAUUAAGAGCAGUUGCCAUUGCCUGUUUCAGGUAUUCAUGCUGUUUUCCUCCAUUGCGUUCACUAUUGUGUUCAUUACAGCCGGGACAAUCGUCAUCUCUUUAUGCAGGCACAUGAAACGACUCAAACAAACCAGAGAAGGGUUCAGCAAUGCAAAAGUCAGUUCUCACUUGUCUGCUGCUAGGACUGUUACCUUUCUUCUUAUACUUUACUUAGCUUUUUAUGGAGCGCUUAAUGCCAUAUUCAACGAAACUACGGAAAUAGGCACCUUGAUGUUUUCUCUUUGUUUUAUAAUGAUUUCAACUUUUCCAACCACAAAUUCUAUUAUAUUAAUCACAGGAAACAGAAAAUUGUCUAACGCUAUCAAACAACUCUUUGGUUUGAAGUCCAGUACUAACUGUGCUGAAACUCAAGCAAGCCAUACAUGAAUCGAAAAAUGAACAAUCUGUUGAACGAAAAUCAAAUGUGUCAUUCGAUUUUUCAUAUGAUUGUGCCAUCAUUGUUUUGGAAAUUGCCCUGCAAAACCAAUUUUUUUCCUUCAUUUGUCUUUACCUUUCAUUUGGC